AAACUUGACAUAGAAAUUUUAUAAGAAUAACAUAAAAAUUAUAAUAAAAAUAUUUGGAACAGACUAACGAAUCUCUCUAAACCCCAUCCAACAACAUGCAUAUGACAAAUCAAUUUAUUUACUCGCGUGAACGAAGACGUUUCGGUCGACAAUGCAUGUUUAGUGAUCGUACCCAAGCAAUGUUAAGUAUACAUCCCAGUCAGAGAUUACGUUUGCAUUAUAUACUACGUAAUCCGGUAAAUACCGAUACCCAGUUGAGUGAUCAGAAAGCUUUAAGUGUAAUGGUCACGGAAAAUGUAGCCUUUGCUGAACAUGGUAUGUAUCAUUAUGAAGGCGGCUGGCCCAAAGAGGUUAAUCUUAAUGAUGAGGAGUCUACACUAAGGCAUAGGAAAAAGAUUGAACGUGAGGAUAACUGGGGUAGUCAGGUGACCAAUUUGAUAGCUCAAUCUACGGAUAUGGUGGAAAUAAAUAAUACUAUAAAUAUAUAUCAAGAAUUUUUUACUGAUUUACCCGCUGAGCUGUGUGAAGAUAUUAAAGAUCUAUUUGAGGCGAGACAAAAGAAUAUAUUUCAUGAUCCGGUGGCGGCUUUGCCAAGACCCAUAAGUGUAAUAGAUUGGGCCCCUAGUGAUAUUAGAAGAUUUCUUGUAUUACACACUAAUAUACCACUCAAAGGAGCACAGGCAGGCGAAGAGAGGAAAGAUAACAUGGAAAGUUCUUACAAUAAUUUCUAUAUAUGGGAUUUGGAAAAUCCCCUUAAACCAAUGGUAGUGUUCAAGAGCAACGAGGUUGUUUUGAAAACCUAUUUCUGUCCCAAAGAUGAGAAUUGGUUGACUGGUGGACUGUGGUCGGGUAAAGUUUGUGUUUGGAAUGCUCGUACUGGCGAUAUGCCUGUAAGCAUUUGUCCUUUAGAGGCCGCUCAUCGAGAAGCUGUACCAGCCGUUUGUUGGGUUCAUUCUAAAACCAAUACAGAAUUUUAUACUGGUUCCUAUGAUGGUUCUGUUAAAUAUUGGGAUGGUCGUGAUUUAGACAUUCCUUUGCAGGAAAUUCUAUUAGAUCCUAUAAUGACAGAUGAGCAAUCUCGCGAUCGUGCUCAGGGUGUUACGGUAUUGGAAUUUGAAUAUACCAUACCGGUACGUUUUAUAGCAGGCACUGAUAUGGGCAGUAUUUUUGUGGGCAAUCGCAAAGGUAUGACACCCAUGGAAACUUGGGCAGCUGGAAAUUAUCGUAUAUUUUGCGGGCCUAUUAGGACUAUUGAGAGGAAUCCAUUUUUUGUUAAGAAUUUUCUGAUAACAGGAGAUUGGUGUGUUAAAGUUUGGGCAGAGGAAUGUAAGGGUUCUCCAACGACACUGUUAAUGAAAAAGAAAAAUCAAAUUCUCUGUGGCACUUGGAGUACAAUGCGUUGUUCUCUCUUUGUUACGGGAGAUAUGAAUGGAGAAUUGGAUUUCUGGGAUUUAUUGCUGCAUCAACGUAGACCCAUAUUUUCCCUGAAGUUUUCAAGUCCCAUUAUGCAUGCAAAAUUCAGAAGUGAUGGUGAAUAUUUGGCAGUAUGUUUGGCCAAUGGUGAUGUUCAGUUAUUGGAGUUGGAUGCAGCUUUAAAGCAUAGCACUAGUAAGGAUAAGGCUUUGAUAGCGGCGAUGUUUGAACGAGAACAAUUGCGCUGCAAGCUCUUAGAGGGACGAGUCGAAGAAAUGAAAUUGAAAAAACGCACUACAGAAGCCGAACUCGAAAGGAAAACUCUGCAAGAAUCUCAACGUCAGCCGCCAGAUGAAACACUAGACCCUGAUAAUCCCGAAGAAUUUUUACGUAUUAUUUCGUCUGAUAUCGAAUUUAGAGAGGGUCUUAAUAAUUUCCAAGAUCUUGUUAUAAAAGUGGAAAAGAAACGUCAAGACAGGCAAUACAUUAUGGAAAGGACUGAAUUCGAGUUUGAUCAACGAAUAACAAAUACACAAUAUGAGGACUACGAAAACAUAAAUGAUGAAAACAAAGAUACUACUAAUAUAUAAUUUUAUUAAAUUUUUAUUUGUUUUAAACUAAUUUUUUGUUUUAAAAUGCUGAAAUAUAUUUGGAUAAUUCUUCGA